CUGAAAUAAAAAUAUCGAUUAAAUACAUAAAAUUCAAAAUAAUUAUCAAAACAUAAACAUAGUAAACAAUAAUCUCAAUAAUUUAUAAAUAAAUCCUAACUAAUAAUUAAUUAAAAUAAUAUUAAUACUUAAAUAAUAAAAUGUUAUAAUAAAUAAAUGCGCUUUAUUAGCUAGGAGGUGUUGUUAAAUUCACGGCGAGAUGGGGAAGCGCGCGCAGCGAUUCACGUUUGAAUCACUACGUGACAAAUUCAAUCGUCACAAAUUACUAUUUCUAAAAAAAUGUCGUCGAAACCAUCAAUGCUGUUCAUCCUCUUGUAUCGCUUCUGAAUAUUCAACGUCUAAAGUUUGUGGUUCUCUUUAUAAUACUGAUGUAAUAAUAACUAAAAUGACAUCUAAGCCAGUAGACGCGGAAAUUAAUCAACCAACGAAAAAAUGUGUGCAAAUGGGAAAACUGUGUUCAUCUCACGAUAACUGCUGUUCAAAACUUUGUGCCAUAGUUAAGUCGACACGUAUUUGUGUAAUGGAUCAGAAUCAUAAGGACAGAAAACCAAAUUAACUGCAACACGCUAAGAAAUAUGUAAACCUCAGCUAAAGAUAGAUUUAAUUUGUCAGAGUGCGCAAAAUCUAUCGAUAAUAAAAUAGUCUUUGUUGACUUUUUGUUCGAUAAAAUUUAGUGGAAAGUUCAAAAUUCUUUCUGUGUCUCUUAGAUAUAAUAUAGAAAAAAAUAAGAUUUAAAAAUAAUACAAAUGACUUUGGCGAGUCACUAUUGGUGAGAUAAGUCAUGAAAGAAAAUAGUACUGACUCGCCGAGAGUUCCCGGGUCAAAAAAUUAGAUC